CGCACAUUGUGACGCGCUUCCCCGCCUCACGGCGGUUGCUCUCUCUCCGAUUUAAAGUGGCCGGGGGCCGAGUGCUGGCUGGGAGUAGCCGCCAGUCACCGGUGGCGACUGGCAACACGGGCAGCGUAGAUGGCGGCUGCACUUCGGCCCUUGUUUCGGGUGGCUAGUAUUGGACCGGCUGCCCGUUCCUCCUUCCUUCUCCAGCAGCAGUUGUUAUCCGGGGUCGGCAUUCAGUGUCACUGUAAGGUUAUGAGGAAUGUAUCAUCAAGAAGGAAAACAGAUCAUCUGGAAAGAACAAUCAACAACUUCCGUCAAGAGAUGAUUGCUGAAGCAAAAGUCUGUGGGAUAGUUUAUGAAUCUGAAACAGUUAAGAGACUACGCCUUGUCGUGAUGAACAAAGAUUUUGCCUUCAAAGCAGGACAGUGGGUAGACUUUUUUAUCCCUGGCAUAUCUAAAGUUGGUGGUUUUUCCAUCUGUUCAAGUCCUGGGCUAUUGGAGAGGGAGAGUGUGGUGGAGUUGGCAGUAAAAUACAGUAAACAUCCUCCUGCCCACUGGAUUCAUACACAGUGCAACAUUGGCUCAGAAGUAACUCUCCGUGUAGGAGGUGAUUUCUUCUUUGACCCUCGGCCUUCUGAUUCUCCAGUGGAUCUACUAUUGGUUGCAGGUGGCGUGGGCAUUAAUCCUUUGUAUUCUAUACUCUUGCACAUUGCUGAUCUCCAUAGACUCCAAGAAACAAAGCAUUGUAAUUACAAACCAGGAUCAGUACAGCUGUACUUCAGUGCUAAGAACACGGAAGAACUUCUUUUCAAGAGAAACAUCAUAAACCUAGCAAAGGAGUUUUCUGGAAAAAUUAGCUGUCAUUUUCAUGUGACACAGCAAAGUUCUGAAGAAAUACCUGAAGAACUCCUGCCUUACGUAACUGUUGGAAGAAUAUCUGAAGAUACUCUGGCACAUGUGUCAAAGGAUAACCUCUGCUAUAUUUGUGGUCCACCUCCAAUGAUAGAGUCUGUUUCUCAACAGCUGGAAAAGCUUGGUGUUCCUAAAGAGAAUAUAAUUUUCGAGAAGUGGUGGUAGUGAGAAUAUAAAAAGGCAAUUGAUUUCAUUCUGGUAAUCUGGCAGCAUAUUAUUACUUUGGUAUUGCAUAUUAUUCUCAGGUGGCCUGUGCUUGGGUUUUAUUCCCAGCUAAAAUUGCUGCUGAAUGCAGAAAUACUAGUUUGAGAUGGAUAUCAUUGGUUGUGAUGUUAUUCCAGUGGUGAAUGUAGCCAAAUGAUAUGUCAUGUCAUGAAUUGCCAUUAUAUUGUUUCUAUGAAAAUCCUGAAAUCCUAUAAAACUCAGUAAAAGUUUACAGUUUUCAUACUUUUCAGAACUGUGGAAAAGUAAUAAUUGUUGUUAUUUCUACAUUGCUUUGAUGAACUAUUGGAAAUUAAGCUGCCACCCCUAUCUUCAUAUCAUUGCAAAUUAUUUUCCUUUUCUGGACCAGCAUCUAAUACAGCAAUCAAGGAGCUAGAUCUCAGUCUAAUCCCCAGAUGCAGUAAAGCCAUAAAAGUGCAAGAUGGCUUCCAGGGCAUUAUAUGAUGUCAUCAUGUCAUGAAUAGUUCCAGGAAAUCUUGGUAUGGAAUGUUUGUAAUAUUGAAGGACAUGUGCUUAAAAUUAUUGGAAAUUUUACAACACAAGGAGAGCCUAUGCCUGAACCCUGUUCAAAAAGAGCUACCAAGACUAUUUCCACCUUUCAAUAAAAUAAUAGAUAUUUUCAACUUUGGUCAUGGAACCAAUAUUUUCAUAACUUUCCUUAAUGAGUUCUACAUGAGCAGUUCAGCUAUGCUGAUUGUAUAUGGUUUUAUUCUGAGUGAAUUAGAUAUAUAAAUUAUUACUGGCUUUUAAUGAAAGUAGUAACAGCUAUAUGUCUCAUCAAAUUGCACCCAACAUAGUCAGUAGCUAUGCCUGUGAUUCAUAUUUUUUGAAACUUCCUUGGAAUAUGGUCAUGUACAAAUAUCUUGUAUAUGUAUUUGGAUAGACUAAUGUGGUCUAUACCUUCACAAUUAUUGGACAAGAAACAGUACAAAUUUAACAGUAAUUUAUCAUGAACUACACAUCCAUUAUAUUUGUCAUGGAAUGUUAUUUCCCUUGCAAUUGGUUUGUAGAAUAAAAUAUUGACAUUUUCUGUGAUCUUAUAGAACUGAUGUCAAAAGGGGUAUCUUUUUGGCAAAAAGGAAAUCACACCUUGUGUCUGCUGCAAUAAAUUAUUUAGACUGA